CGACAUGUUAUAGGGAAGUCAAGUAUAUGGUCUUGGCAAAGUGGCCCACUUGUUGCACACAGACAAAGUGCCUUCCAGUAUCUGACAGCACCUGUUGUUUCCCAACACAUUCUCUCUACACAGACUGAGUGUGUUGGAUCAGAAUGAACCUCCUCUUGAGUGGAAUAGUACUUGCAGCCGCUGCAGCUGUGGUCUGUGGAUGGAUCUGUACGGAGCGUUUUAUCUCCCAGUGCACCAUGCACGCCACGCGGGAUUUCUAUUAUGCGGGCAAGAGCAUGACCAAGUUAUGUACUGCCGGAGAGACGUAUCUGAAGUGUCUCAACUCCGACGUCAGUUGCAGCUCCUCCCACUACUACUUCGACGCCAUCAGAAUCCUCAACAGCAGGGUCACCAUCGAUGACUGCCCUGGCCUUCUCAACCUGACCGUCAGUUAUCCGCCAUCUAUAAUUGGCUGACCACAAUACAUCAACUGUCUUAAACAUAAUUGUAAUCAUGA